UCUGAAGCCCCGCCUCCCCCCACAGCUAACCGAACGGGAGAUUGUUUUCCUCUCGGGGAGAUUUUUCACUUUGCAGCCCACAGCUUCAAUUGUUUAUUUUAAAAUCACACGCCACUGAUAAGUUGCUUUUAGCACACACGCCACUUUGGUAUCUUCCCCGGCCAGAGGUGUAGCGGCUAAACCCUCCAAUAACGGAUUAAUCCAAGCAGCGUUGGGAUCUUCAGCUCGCUCUUUAGGAGAGGGGUCUCUCAGCUCUUAGGAGUAUGAGUUCAUAAUGAAGCGGCGACUGGAGGAUCAGGAAACGGUUUUUACGCCCCAGCAGCGGCGCCUUGCUGGCAACGCGGAGGCUUUCCAGCAUCGUGUGCUGGCCCCUGCUCCAGCCCCAGCUGUGUAUGAGGCCGUGACUGACAACAUGCAGCCUACAGCAGGCGUCCAGUACUCCGUCCCCCAGGGAUACCAGGUUCCUACGGUAGCCCAGAACAGUGGCGGGCAUGGGCACGCUCCGAGCCCAGCCAUGCAUGCUGGGUCCCACCAUCACAACCCGGCAGUCCAGCCCCAUGGGCCCUCAGUGUUGUCAGGGCAUAGCCACACGGCUGCUCCUCAAGCCUCUGCACAGGGCCAGCAGCAGUUCCAGAGGCUCAAGGUGGAAGAUGCUUUGUCCUACUUGGACCAAGUGAAACUGCAGUUUGGCAACCAGCCUCAGGUCUACAAUGACUUUCUGGAUAUAAUGAAAGAAUUCAAGUCUCAAAGUAUUGACACCCCUGGGGUCAUCAGCAGAGUGUCACAGCUCUUCAAAGGUCACCCCGACCUCAUCAUGGGCUUCAACACCUUCCUGCCACCCGGCUACAAGAUUGAGGUCCAGACCAACGACCUGGUCAAUGUGACCACGCCUGGUCAGAUCCACCAUAUCACCCCACAUGGUAUUUCAGUCCAGAACAUCCCCAUAACAGGAGCAGCUACCCAACAUCCGGCCCAGCUCCCGCCUGCUGCAACCACCACCGCCCCACCCCUUUUGACACAGCCCACCUCUGCCAAGAUGAGCAAACCUCUUCAGCCCCAGGCGUUGACACCGAGCAGUCAGAGCAAUCCGUCCAUCCCUGCGUACACCUCUCCUCGCUCCCCGCCCAUGCAGCUCCACCCACCACUCAGCGGGACCCCCACUGGGCCGCCCAUUCAGAACAACCAGCCUGUGGAGUUCAACCACGCUAUAAAUUAUGUCAAUAAGAUCAAGAACCGCUUCCAGGGUCAGCCAGACAUCUACAAAGCCUUCCUGGAGAUCCUGCACACGUACCAGAAGGAGCAGCGUAAUGCUAAGGAGGCUGGUGGGAACUACACACCGGCUCUCACGGAGCAGGAGGUGUACGCUCAGGUGGCUAGGCUCUUCAAGAACCAAGAAGACCUGCUCUCAGAGUUCGGGCAAUUUCUCCCUGACGCCAACAGUUCAGUGGUGAGCAAAGUGCUGCUAAGUAAGACGACGGCCGAGAAGGCAGAAUCUGUACGGAACGACCACGGCGGCACAGCCAAAAAGCUGCAGCUCAACAACAAACAGAGGCCCAAUCAGAACGGCUGCCAGAUCCGUCGUCAUCCUACUCCGGGGGGCGCACCUACCGUCAAGAAGAAGCCCAAGUUGCUGAAUUUGAAAGAUUCCUCGGUGGCAGAAGCCAGCAAGCAUGGAGUCGGAACUGAAUCUCUGUUCUUUGAGAAGGUGCGCAAAGCCUUGCGAAGUGCAGAGGCCUACGACAACUUCUUGCGGUGUCUGUUCAUCUUUAAUCAGGAGGUGAUCUCCAGGGCUGAACUAGUGCAGCUGGUGCUGCCCUUUUUAGGGAAAUUCCCUGAGCUGUUCAACUGGUUUAAAAACUUCCUGGGAUAUCGAGAAAUGUCCCACAUCGAAACGUACCCUAAAGAACGGGCCACUGAGGGCAUCGCCAUGGAGAUUGAUUAUGCUUCCUGUAAGAGACUAGGCUCCAGUUACAGAGCUCUGCCCAAAAGCUACCAACAGCCCAAGUGCACCGGCAGAACUCCACUUUGUAAAGAGGUCUUAAAUGACACCUGGGUCUCCUUCCCCUCCUGGUCUGAGGACUCCACGUUUGUCAGCUCCAAGAAGACUCAGUACGAGGAGCAUAUUUACAGAUGUGAGGAUGAACGCUUUGAGUUGGAUGUUGUACUGGAGACCAACCUGGCUACCAUCAGAGUCCUGGAGACAGUACAGAGGAAGUUGUCCCGCAUGUCUGCGGAGGAGCAGGCUAAGUUCCGCUUGGACAGCACGCUGGGCGGCUCCUCGGAGGUCGUACACCGCAAGGCCAUCCAGAGGAUAUACGGAGACAAGGCGCCCGACAUCAUCGAUGGCCUGAAGAAAAACCCUGCUGUUUCUGUCCCCAUCGUGCUAAAGAGCUCGACCAUCAAGGCAUCAACUUCAAACAGAACGACACCAAAGUGCUUCGAUCCAAGUCCCUGCUGAAUGAAAUCGAAAGCAUUUAUGAUGAGCGCCAGGAGCAGGCAUCUGAGGAGAACGCCACCCCACCCACAGGCCCCCACCUGAUGCUGGCGUACGAGGACAGCCAGAUCCUGGAGGACGCCGCAGCGCUCAUCAUCCACCACGUCAAGCGGCAGACCAGCAUUCAGAAGGAGGACAAAUACAAGAUCAAACAGAUCAUCUACCACUUCAUCCCCGACAUGCUCUUCGCUCAGCGGGGCGAGCUCUCCGACGUGGAGGAGGAGGAGGAGGAAGAGGAGAUGGAUCUGGAGGAAGGCGCCUCCAAAAAGCACAACGGCGUCCCCGGCAGCGGCAGCCCUUCCAAGUCCAAGCUGCUGUUCAGCAACACGGCGGCACAGAAGCUGCGCGGCUGUGACGACGCCUACAACCUCUUCUACGUCAACAACAACUGGUACAUCUUCCUGCGACUGCACCAGACGUUGUGCUCGCGUUUGCUGCGGCUGUACGGGCAGGCGGAGCGCCAGAUCGAAGAAGAGGUCAGAGAACGAGACUGGGAGAGGGAAGUCCUGGGACUGAAGAAGGAGAAGAACGACAAUCCAGCCAUCCAGCUGAGACUGAAGGAGCCCAUGGACAUCGAGGUGGAAGAUUACUACUCAGCCUUCUUGGAGAUGGUUAAGAAUUUGCUGGAUGGAAAUAUGGAGGCUUCGCAGUACGAAGACUCGCUGAGGGAAAUGUUCACCAUUCACGCUUACAUCGCCUUCACGAUGGACAAGCUCAUCCAAAGCAUCGUCCGGCAGCUCCAGCACAUCGUGAGUGAUGAGAUCUGUGUCCAGGUAACGGACCUCUACCUCUCAGAAAGCGCUAACAGCGCCAGCGGAGGAGCCAUGUCCACCCAGUCUUCACGGAGCUCCGCAGAGACCAUCUACCAGCGGAAAGCCGAGCAUCUCAUGUCUGACGAGAACUGCUUCAAGGUUAUGUUUUUGAGGAACAGAGCGCAGGUUCAGCUCACAGUGGAGCUGCUCGACACGGAGGAGGAGAACUCAGACGAGCCGAUGGAGGCUGAGCGUUGGUCUGAUUAUGUGGGACGCUACUUAAACCCAGACUCCACCACACCUGAGUUGAGGGAGCACCUCGCUCAGAAGCCAGUUUUCCUUCCCAGGAAUCUGAGGCGGAUCAGGAAGUACCAGAAGGGUCGAGAGCAGCUGGACAAAGAGGCCUGCGAGGGUGGGAAAAAAUCCCUGGAAAAGGAGAAAAUGGAGUGCAUGUUCAAACUCAACUCGUACAAGAUGGUUUAUGUCUUUAAGUCUGAGGAUUACAUGUACCGACGCACUGCCCUGCUGCGAGCUCACCAGUCACACGAGAGGGUGAGCACACGCCUGCACAAACGCUUCCAGGCCUGGGUGGAUGCAUGGGUCAAGGAGCACGUCACCCGCGACAUGAACGCCGAGACCAAUAAGUGGCUGAUGGGUGAAGGCCGCGACGGCCUUUUACCCUGCACCACCACCCGCCAGCCAGAGAUCCUUCACUUCAUGAACAUCAACAAGUAUCGCGUCAAAUACGGCACACCCAGCGUGGCGCCGUAGCUGAGGAGAAAGGGGGGGGGGAGGGAGAGAGAGAGAGAGAGACUGAUUUCUGGGGGUGUUUGGUCUGAAGUCAAACAGGUCAGGAGUAGAUGUAGGGACGAGGGCUUAUUAAUGUGUUUUUAAGGCCGACAUGGGAGCACAAUUAAGCUAGCUACCGUGUAUGUUGCACCCAGGGCGGCAGGAUUACUGAUUUUACCAGCGUUUUUAGCUGGGCCCCUUUUUUCGCAGGGCCUUUGGUGCCAAAACUUAGGAAUCGUCAUGAUCCAGUCGCAGACCUGAGCUCUUACCAGCACUCGGAGCCACUUCUAAAAACAAAACUUCCCUGAGCCUUUUCGACGGGGCUUAGCAGCGUAAACAGAUAGAGUGGUGCUUUUUGUACUUUAUUACAACUGAGCUUUGGUUUAGCUUUUGACUGGCCAUUUUUGCCUGAAGCCAUCAGAGUUAGAGCUCCAUCGAAAUCCAAUCAGAGAGAGAUUUCUUUAUGAUAGUGUUAAUACUACAGUAUCCAUGGAGAACAAUGUGGUGGACAAGUGCACUUAUUUAUGAAGAGGAAAAUGUUGUUUCAAAAGUUUUGUUUCCCAGAUUGAAGGUCUGGAGGGAGCACAACAGAGUCUGAGAGAUCUGGUUCAGACAUUCCUGCGUUAAGGCCAAAUCACAAUUAUGUACCUAUCACUAGACGGAAAGAGGGUGACGUUUCCUUUUCCAGAACACAUGGCAGCAUUAUUAGAAACUGUGCCUGAGCCCCAAACAGUAUUGUCGGGUUAACAUCAAAAAGCACUGUUGCGUUUAUGUAAAAGAAAAAAAAAGAAAACAAAACAAAAUAAUUAACCUCACAACACUGUUUGGUCUCAGACUGUAAAAUUGUAUAGCUUGUGAAUGUCAGAUACUGACAUGUAUUCCAGUGUAUGUGUUGUGUAUAUAUAUUAUAUAUAGUUCUAUUAACACAAAUGAUCCUCGCCGCCCGGGAAGUCAACCUUUUUAAACUGCCCUCCGCCAAUACACCAGCUUGUACACACACACACACACACAAACAAACACACACACACACACGUCUCAUUCUGGGAGGACUGUCCACAUGCCGCUCACAUUGUAAAUACACUGUAUAUAGUCUCAGACUUUUUAUGACAGAUCUGUGUUGUUGUGCUAGUAAUCCUUUCCAAGCUUACUGUGGACUUUAGUGAUAAAUGGCUAAAGUUAGUAUGUACAUGAAAAAGACAAAUGCAAGACCAUUUAUUACAGUUUUUACCAAAGGGAGUUGAUUAUAAAAAUAGCUCUUUUCCCCCUUUGUGUGUUCCUUUAUGUCUUUCUUUUUUAGUUUCUUUAGUAAAAACAUGUGGAAAAGUAGAAAUGUAUCCAGGUCUUUCAGUUUUUAUAUAUGAAAAUUAUUAUUAUUUUUUUCUUCUGAAUGUGACAUUUGGUUGGUAAAAAAUCACUGCCCCCUUUUGACAACAGACACCGUCCAACGUGAUGGUGGGACUCAUUUCAAAGUUCAGUGUUAAGAUGAAUGGGCUCCACAACGGUCUCACCUUGUGAUGCACGCUUCCCUCCCUGGAUAGAUUUCUGCUGCAAACAUCACCCCCCAACACCAUAUUUUUGAUAUUGGAAGAAGUCACACAAGCAUGUCUUUAGUCCCUUUAUUUAGACAUUAUUUAAAGUAAUAAUAAAAAUGACAUUUGUAGCCUA